UGUCUUAAAGCUGAUUCAGGAAGACUGGAUGCACUUUUAAAAGCGACUGAAUCGGAUUUUUGUUGUCUAAUUUUAAUUUUUAAUUUUCAAAAACAAACAGUUGUGACGUUUUACGCAGUGACAUCAUCGUCAUGCUUUUGGAGGUGUUUUUUCUCCUUGUGACGUCAUGUUUGAGCGGAGAGUCCACGAGAAGAAACGUUCUGCUGAUAAUCGCCGAUGACGCCGGCUUUGAGACUGAUGUCUAUAACCACUCGGUGGUCCGAACCCCAAACCUUCGUAAUCUGGCCCGGCGCAGCCUGGUGUUCAGCGAGGCCUUUACGGCCGUCAGCAGCUGCUCACCGAGUCGCUCCUCCAUCCUCACUGGCCUGCCACAGCAUCAGAACGGCAUGUACGGCCUUCAUCAGGGAGUUCAUCACUUCAGCACUUUUGAUGGAAUCCAAAGUCUCCCGCUGCUCCUGAACCACGCUGACGUCCACACGGGUAUUAUUGGGAAGAAGCACGUGGGUCCUGCUUCCGUCUACCCCUUUGAUUUCGCCUACACAGAGGAGAACAGCUCCGUGCUGCAGGUGGGGAGGAAUAUUACUCGGAUCAAACUCCUGGUACGAAGGUUUUUCCAGACUCACAAAGAGGAAGUGUUUGUACAAAGACGAAAGACAGCAGGAAGUAAAGACCGAGAAAAGGCGGAAGAAAGACCCUUUUUUCUCUACAUCGCAUUCCAUGACCCCCAUCGGUGCGGACAUUCCCAGCCGCAGUACGGAACCUUCUGUGAGAAGUUUGGGAAUGGACAACCGGGGAUGGGCAGUAUUCCCGACUGGACACCAGAAUACUACAAACCAGAGGAAGUACAGGUUCCCCCGUUUGUGCCGGACACGUCGGCGGCGCGGGCUGACAUCUGUGCACAGUACACCACCGUGAGCAGGCUGGACCAGGGUAUCGGUUUGGUUCUCCAAGAACUCCAGGAAGCCGGUUAUGAGAACAACACUCUGGUCAUCUACAGCUCGGAUAACGGGAUCCCCUUCCCCAACGGCAGAACCAACCUAUACCGCUCCGGUGUAGCGGAACCUAUGCUGGUGUCAUCUCCAGAGCACAGGGGGCGGUGGGGAGACACCAGCCGGGCCUACGUCAGCCUGCUGGAUAUUAUGCCCACCAUUCUGGACUGGUUCUCGAUUCCAUACCCGUCCUACAGCCUGCCUGGAAGCCCUGACACCCCGGUCCAUCUCACUGGUCGAUCCUUGCUCCCCGCUCUGGUCUCUGAGCCCAGCACCUGGCAUACUGUCUAUGCCAGCCAGUCCCUCCAUGAGGUGACCAUGUACUAUCCAAUCCGCUCUGUCUACCAGGGUGCGUAUCAUCUUCUCCACAACCUGCACUACAGGAUGCCCUUCCCCAUUGACCAGGACCUCUAUGUGUCCCCCACCUUCCAGGACCUGCUGAACCGUACCAGGCUCGGUGAGCCGACACACUGGUUCAAAAGUCUGGGUCAGUAUUACUCCAGGCAGCGCUGGGAGCUUUACAACACCAGGACGGACCCGUGGGAGCUGAGGAACCUGGCCUUGGACCCGGCGCACGGUGCCGUGCUGGAGAGCCUGAGGCAGCGCCUGCAGAAGUGGCAGUGGGAGACGGGCGACCCGUGGGUGUGUGGGCCAGACUACGUCCUGGAGGACAGGUUGGAGCCGCGCUGCAGACCGCUCUACAAUGGCCUCUGAUGGACUCGAAUGGUUCCUUCAUUUUCAUUAUCAUCCUUUAACCCUCUGGGGUAAAAGGGCAUUUUUUGGACAGUUCACUCGCCUGGCAUAAAUGUUUUAUUAUUGCUGUUAACAGCUCUCCCUGCAUCCCACAAUCAAGUU